UUUGGUGAAGCUAUAAAAAGACGCGGCGGCCGCGGAGCAGCUCACACUUUCUCCGCUCAGGUGCGCCUUGCAGACAGAGAUGCGCGUCAUGGAGCGCACCUUCCGAGAGCAGCUCUUCUUCCUGGUCCUGUGUCUGUCCGUCCUCAAGGGAGACUCCAGGUAUAUAGAGAACAACGAAAUCUCUAAAGAUGAUUUAUACUCAUUUUUCAACUCGGAACUCAAGAGAGAAAUACCGGAGGAGUUAAUGUAUCGCAGGCCUUUACGCUGUCUGGACAUGGUCUCGGUGGAGGGUCAGUUCACCUUCACGGCCGAGCGUCCUCAGCCCAGCUGUGCCGCUUUCUUCAUGGCGGAGCCCGACGAGGUGAUCACUGUGGAGUACGACAAUGUUGACAUCGACUGCAGGGGGGGAGACCUCAUCACAGUGUUUGACGGCUGGGUGAUGAAAGGGGAGAAGUUCCCCAGCUCCCAGGAUCACCCGCUGCCCAUGUACGAGCGCUACGUGGAUUACUGCGACUCCGGGUCCCUGAGGAGAAGCGUGCGCUCCUCUCAGAACGUGGCCAUGGUUUUCUUCCGCAUCCACAGCCCCGGCAGCACCUUCACGCUGACCGUGAGGAAGCACGUCAACCCCUUCCCCUGUAAUGUCAUCUCCCAGUCACCAGAGGGCAGUUACACAAUGGUGAUCCCGCAGCAGCACAGAAACUGCAGCUUCUCCAUCAUUUACCCGGUGGCCAUCGACAUCUCAGAGUUCAGCCUGGGACACUACAACAACUUCCCCAAGAGGUCCAUGUCUGGAUGUGCAGAAUCAGGGGAUUUUGUGCAGCUGCUUGGAGGAAGCGGCAUCGACACGUCUAAGCUGCUUCCCAUCACGGACCUCUGCAUCACCUUCACCGGACCCACCCACAUGAAGAUCGGCUGCGAUAACACCGUGGUGAGGAUGGUGUCCAGCGGGAAGUUCGUCAACCGAGUGUCUUUCAGCUACAGGCUACUGGACAGCCAGGAGCUCCAGACAAUCAAACUCAACAACGUGGAAGAUUUCUGUUUCAGCAAAUGAUCCCGACCGGGUCCUAAUGUGACAAAUGUAUCAUUUGAUUUUUUAAAAUGAUUUAAAGCGAGCAGUCACGGUCCAUCCGAUUAGAGAAAACAUCUCAAAUCCAAAGAUUUAAAAGUGUAUGAAAAACGAAGCUGUGACAUCACAGACUUUACUGGCCUUUCAUUUAGUUUCCAUCUUUCUUUGACGUGUUCAUGUCGUUGCUGAAUAAAUCUUAAUUAAGUGGGUUUUUUUGUGGAACUGCUCUUUGUUUUGUGCAUUUGUCCGGAUGAGACUCGUCGCGUUGUUUGAUUCUGAGUUUGUGGUGAACAUUCUUGAAGAGGAACGGUGCUAAAAACGAAUGUGACCUUCUGUUUAUUUCGCUGAGCGUAGUUCUGAGUCACUUCCCGCCGCGUACGACACGGACAAGGGCGAAGGUUGAGGGACGGGGAUGAUGAAUGCGGAACUCAGUGCCAUUAAGCAGUUAGAUUUGAUAAGAUGUUUUUGUAAUAAAAUUAUUCUGCAUGACAAAGCA